GUCUCUUGUCUCUGUGGAAUUUCUUUUGUGAACCCCCGCAAGAGAUUUUAUAAAAGGAAAUGAUAAAUAGUGAAUUACUGAUUUCUGGGUAACUAUAAAAGUGACACAUAGAAAGUUAUCUGUGAUAACUAUAUUGUAAAUUUGUCAAAUCAAGAACGAGGAUAGUUCCGUUUGACGUUCGUUGCCAGUCAGAUAUAUUUUCAUUUUGUGGUAGCAUUAUUAACUGAGUAAGAAAUAUGGAAAAAUCUAAUUACAUAUAUGUUUUUUUAAUAAUGGUAAUGCCAAUAGUAUUGUCUACUCCAUUAUUAACCACAAGUGAGAGUAUUCUCGAAAAAGCAUCAAUAGAAUCAAUCAUAGCACCAUACAUAGAACCUAAUAGACUGGACAAAAUAGAUAUAAAUGUUUUUUUAGAAACACCAAGCUCUUUUUUCCAGAUGAAGAAAAUCAAAAAUAUCUUUAAAUCAAUUCUCGAUAUUUUCAAUAAUGUUAAAGAGCCAACAAUCUCUGAAACUUUCGAGGAAAUUACUUCUCAGAUACAUUCUGUUAUUAAUAAACUCAAUAAAACUGGAAUAAAUCUUUAUGAUGAAUCAAACAUUUAUACUGUCAGUAAGAUUAUAAAUUCUAGAUUACAAGGAAGUUGUGAAAACUUGAAAAUAUUGUCGAAUUUAAUCGAUAAUAUUAAUUACUUAUUCAAAAAUCACUAUCUCGAAUACUUAGAUAGACAUACUUCAAAUGCUUCAUUAAACGUUUUUAUCUCAAAAGCAAUGAGCUUAGAUGCUGAUGGUCCAGGAAAAAGUGCAUUCAUGAUUGAGAAAAUUCUUUAUUCUAAUGUAGAUGGUUCAUUAGAUAGUAAAUUUUUGGAAAUGAUUAUCACUGAGAUAAAUAAUGAAAAAACAACAUUAUGUUCAAUUCGUCAAACUCAGCAACAACUUAUAUACAACUUAUAUUAUUUAUUCGCAACAACCGAGUUGAAAGCAUAUAUCAUGGUUGUUUCAGCUUAUAAAUUAUACGCUAUAACAUUAAAUGAUAAUUACAUCAAAGAUUUUGAACGGGUUCAAGCUGAACAUUUAGAAAGGAUAAAAAAUUAUCUAAUAAUAUUCCGUGAUGCUAUUGAUAAAUCUUCGAUUGAAAUGAUCGUUUGUUCGAAAAAGUUUGAGAUGGAAAAUAUUGCAACCCAGGUCAAAGCUAUUAACAAGUUACCUAAAGAAAGUGAUUACUCCAAUAACAAGGUAGUAACUGGUGUACGAUUCGUAAUUAAGAACGAAAUACUCCAUCUGCAGAUAGAGGAAGGUAAAUUAAUUCCAAAUGGGCAAAUAUUAUCAGGUAGUGAAGAAUGGAUACCCAUUGAUGAUAUGAAUUACGCUGAUCGUACAAUUUAUCGGAAUGGACAUUUUGCAAGAAUGCAUCAAUGUAUCGAAUAUCAUUCUGUUACUUCAACAGAUUACUGGCAUCUUAGUGACGUAAUAGCUUCACCGAAUUUCAUUGUUAUUGGUGCCAAUUUAGAAGUUUAUACAUCAGAAUCAAUCAACAGUAAAAUCAUUUAUCUCAGACUAAAAUUCGCAAAAGUUAAUAUCACAACAGCUCAAUUAAAUGUCAGCCAAGAACGAUACAGCGAUGAUUUAGAAACUUUUCCUGCAGAAUUCAAUAAUCAGGACUUAAACAACGAUGCUAAAUAUGUUUAUCUUAGAGAAGUAGAUACAAACUCAUAUGACUAUAUAGAUCCUUAUCAACAAAGACGUACUAAAAAAGGUCCCUUUAUUGAUUUACAAGCAAUUUAUGGGAACCCGAGAUAUCCUCUUAUGGGUAUUGGCACUUUUAAUGAAGAGUCUAUGGAAAAUAAUAUUAUUUCAUUGAAAGCUUUUGUUUUCAAUUUUUCAUCCCUUGUGGAUAUCAAUUGAUAAUUAUGACUCAUGACAGAAUAUAUUAUUUUUUUGUAUG